GAAAUAUUAUAAAAUUUCAGAUCAAGAAAUUGAAGGCCGCCCUGCGUGAGGGCAGCCAGGCCUGUCCGGAAGAAAUGCAAGAAUUAAAGAAGAACCUCGAAAAUAGCAGGAUUAAAUUGCAAAGGAUGAAAGAGGAGUUCACUGCAUCAGCUCAAGAGUACAGAGAUGUCUGUUAUAUGUUGCUAGGAUACAAGAUUGAUAGGACGGGACAUAAAAAUUACAGAAUAUCAAAUAUGUACGCGGAUUCGGCUGAGGAGUACCUCACCUUCACCCUCUGUGAGGACGGCAUAGAGAUGGUGCAUACAGACUAUUCGACAUCUCUAGGCGAAUUAGUAGAGUUGCAUUUACACCAACAUCGCUCCAUUCCAGUAUUCCUUAGCGCAUUGACAAUGGAAUUGUUCACGAGAACCACUAUGCAGCAGGAAAUUGCAUAAGUUUUUAAAGCUGUUGACUAUGGUUUUGCUAUUCUGUUACUCUCAAUAGCGACUACUAUGUACCACGUGACCCCAAGUUCUGUUUAAGUUCUUUGACUUUCCGUAACUGAGCGUUAUUUAAGGCAGUUUUUCCGAUCACCACUCAAACUCUAAGAACUUCAUUCAUAUAGGUAAACAAGUACACUUAAGAACGUCAACAGAAAAUAUGUUGAAUUGAUUUUAAAUUUACAUUUACUACCAGUUCGCAAGUCAA